CUCACCGGUCAUCAGUCCGAUCUGCAGCCGACACACAGGCCACCUGUCUCGGAUUAUCCACCGGACAAACACCGCUGGAAAACUGCUCCUGGAUGCUCCGGAGAAAAAACAUUUUUACACUGAAUUUUUGAGACUUUUAGAGACUUUUAGAGACUUUAGAGACUAAAAAACACAAACACGGAGAUCUGCACCGUCUUCACCACUUUUUUCGUUCGGGAAAUGUUUUUUUGUAUGUCGUUUUUGAACUUUUUUUCGGGGGAGGAAUCAUUAAUUUCAUAAUUCUGCAGGAGAUAAGACGUUUAUUCUUGGAACGAAACUAACCUGACACUUCUUCAUCAAACCGAAACACUUCAAACUCUUAUAAUAUUCAUUUAAAACCACAACUAAUCAGUAUUCCUCUACAGUCUCUUUAGGUGAAUAUUAAUUGAUAUGUUAUAGUAAUUUCCUCCUGUGAUUCAUUAUUAUAUCCUCUAAAACUAAUUGUUAUAAUAAUAAUAAUAUAUUUCAUUGUUAUAGCGCUUUUCCUAGAGCUCAAAGACGCUUAUAAGAACAGAGAAAGGGGUUUGAAACGUUUUCUUUGAACAAAAAAAACCCUCCACACUUCUACCGGGAGACACGCAGACUUCUCCCCGCCCUACAUGCACCAUGAAGCGGCCUUGUGAGGACAGCAGCUCCGCAGAGAGCGACCUGGAGGAGAACAUCGAUGUGGGAAGAGAGUGCCUUUAUCCAGGGCACAUGAUGAGAUCCCCGACCGCCAACACUCAAGUGACGGCGAGGAAAAAACGCAGAGGGAUAAUCGAGAAGAGGCGCAGAGACAGAAUCAACAGCAGUCUGUCGGAGUUACGCCGACUCGUUCCCUCUGCCUUCGACAAGCAGGGUUCAGGUAAACUGGAGAAGGCAGAGAUCCUGCAGAUGACUGUGGAUCAUCUGAAGCUGCAGGCCACCGCAGGGAAAGGUUAUUUUGACGCCCAUGCUCUGGCGCUGGACUUCCUGUCUCUGGGUUUCCGGGAGUGUGUGACGGAGGUUUCUCGUUUCCUGAGCUCCGUGGAGGGUCUGGACCCCGAAAACCCCCUAAAAUCCCGCCUCCUCUCCCACCUUUCCUCCCAUUUACACCCCCAAAACCACCAUCACCACCUCCAGUACCACCAGCAGCCUCUCCCUUUAUCUCCCCCCUUCUUCCCCCAUCAUUUGGCUGCGUUUCGACCUCCAUAUGGACUCAACAUGGGAGACGGAGGUCAUGUUUUGGAUGUUUUUCAACGCAAUGUCGCCUCUUCAUCACCUUCUUCUUCCUCCUCUUCCCUCCUCUCACUCUCUACUUCAUUUCCUAUUGGUUUCCCCAUCCUCCCUCCUUCCUCUUCCUCUUCUUCGAUUCCUCUCCUCAGCGGCACUAAACCCUACCGACCGUGGGGAACUGAAGUCGGAGCUUUCUGAUUUUAAAACAGCCUAAAAUAACUUUAAAACACAAUUUAAAUAUGCCUGCUACUUCCUGUCCAAUGUGCAUUUCAGAGAAGUUAAGAUGAAAUUCUUCUCCUCCAACAAUGCAACAUAUAUAAUAAAAUAUAAAAAUAUAAAAUUGUGCAGGCAGUCUAUAUACAUGUAAAUAGAAUAUGAUAUGUACAAGAACAGAAUAGUUAUUAAUUAUUAUAGUAAUUAACCGCCACACUGCAGCGAUGGGUGCAGCUUUUCUAUCAUGUGUCCCUCCCAAUUAGCCGAUUUGGGUUUACAAAUGUUCCUUUAUCCAUUGGCUGUUUAUAAAACGAGAGGGCUUUCACCAUUGGCUGUGUCAGAUGUCAAUCAAUAAACAAUCAUGAUGGGUGUAGUGGGAGAAAGGACAUUCAGAAUUUUGAGAAAAAAAGUCAGUUAAUUAGGAAAAAGUCUGAAUUUUUUUUGAAAACGUCAGAUAUUUAAAUAAAAAAAGUCAGAAUUUUGAGUAAGCAAGUUUGAAUUUUGAGGCAAAAACAUCAGAAUUUUGAGAAAAAAAGACAGCAUUUUUAGAAAAUCGUCAGAUAUUGAAAUAAAAAAGUCAGAAUUUUAAAGUUUAAGAGUAAGAAAGUUUGAGGAAAAAAAGCGGCUGAAAUACAGAACAUUUAGCACACAGUGCAGCUCAAUAAAGCUUCAUAUUUAGGCCCAAAUUCCUAUAUAUGAGUUGAGUUAAUUAAAGGAAUAUCUUGGCCGAUUUGGACCAUUUUGUAAUGGUCUUGGGGGUUAUUGAGGAUGCUGAGGGGUAAAAGAAAAGGCAGUUUUAAGCAGAAAGUGGCUGCUUUUGACUCACCACUUUCACACCAAGUACUUUGCCGUACUUAGUUCCCGAACUCUUUCGUCCUGGAA